CUUGUCCUGUUCUAAGGUACUUUCGUCUAUCGUCCUGUUUUAGAAAUAACGGAGAUCGCUUUCAUUAACAGGAGAAACAAAAGUCGACUAGUUUCACAGAUCAAAAUUCUCGUUUCACGUUAGACUCUCCGAGUUUUCCUUCUUCCGAGACUUUUCGCUUGAUGAAUAAUGUGAACAAGGUGUUGCUGGCUGCAGCAAUGUAUUGCGUAACGUUGCUCCUGCAGCCCGUACAAAUUAUGCUUCGUUACUUAGUCGAUCGUUUGACUGGAGAGCAAAAAUCAACGUGUAAUUGCAGACCGACUGACAAAGAAAACUUCAAUUAUCCGUCACUCGGUGAACAUUUUUCAAAUUCUCGAUUUCUGGUGUGUCAUUGCGUUCUCUGGUUCGAAGUCGUCUCACCUCGACUGCAACGUUGGGAAAUACACGUAUAAUAGUUUCCAGCGAAAUGUUAACGCGAUACCUAACCUCGCUCGUCUCCAACCUUCUCAAUAGUCCAAGCCAACCGAGUUUCUUCUCCCUCAGAGGUCUGACGAAACUCAAAUCAUGCCAGUUUCACGUGACCAGCACGAUGCGAAAGAAGAAGAAGAAGAAGAAAAAGGAGCCGGAAGGCCCCAAAAUCAUAAAACCCUACGACUGCGGUGAUUCGCCUAAACCAAUUCUGGAUCCUUCGUGCAAAGUGGCCAUCGUGAUAGGCGGUUCCGAUGGUUUUGGUUUUGCGGCUGCUGAUCAUCUAUUGUGUAAAGGGGCACGAGGUGUCGUGAUCGCGGAUAAUGACGUCGAUCAAGGUCGAAUGGCGGCGCAGAGGCUCUGCAAUUCCUAUGGAAAGAAUCGCGUGCAAUUUUUCGAAUACGACGCGAACAAUCCUUGCCAAUUGGAAGCUACUUUGAGUCAGGCACAUUGCAAGUACAAGCAGAUACACAUACUUUUCAAUGAUUCCGACAAGGAACGGUUUCCAUCGGAAUGCAACGCCACGAGGAAGAAGGAGAACUACAUAUCCAAAGCUACCAGGGCGGGCCUGAAAAUUUUGGGGAAGAACCAUGGCGGUCCUGGAGGGAUAAUAGUGAACUGCGCGAGUAUUCUCGGAUUCAUGGGCUGGCCGAAGGAUCCGUUCCCUGUUUACUGCAAGAAGGAACCAGCUAUAGAAGUCACGAUGGAUUUCGCGGAGAAGUUCAGUGUGGAGGAAACUGGAGUGCGUUUCGUCGCCCUUUGCCCGACUAAUAAACAAUUCUGCGAUAUAGGACUACCAGAUUUCCCAGACCCAAUCCCUCGCGAUCGACUCAGAGACAUGCCACCUUGUAUACCAACCCCGAAAGGUCAAAUCAGGUCAGCUUUGGGCCACGUAAUAGCGUGGGCGAAAAGCGGAAGCACGUGGGUGGUCGAACCGGCGAUCAGCGUUCACGAAAUCCCUCGAUUGAUUCAUUUCCCUCUGAAGGAAGGCGAGAAAAUCGAUCCGAAAAUCUAUGGAAGUCAAGUAAAGUCAUUUCUCUGUCGUUAUUAUACAGGGUAGAGUAGUAGAAGAGUACCGUGUCAAUUUAAGCUCUGUGAGGCCAAACCGAAACCACCACUCAUCGAUGUCUCCAAAAACCCUAAGAUCGAUACUACCAAAAACUGCUCACCAUCGAAGCAAACUAACUGUGGACCAACGAAGAAAAAAU